AUCCGAAUUUGUGUUACUGUUGAAAAGCCGGCAUGUUAGCUACAACUGUACCAAUGUGCAUAACGAGUCGGUUAUUAUGUCAGAUAUUAGAUUUUGAUUUAGCAGGGACAUCUUACCCACCUUUUGCAACUCACAGAAGGCAUUUUCUCCUCGGACACGAGUAACAGUUAAGACCAUUUGUAUCAGAAGCAUGGCAUGUUUAUAUCGUGUUUGGCAGUUGUACUGUUUUCUUUUGGUGUUACCGCUUGGAUCUGUCUGUACAAAGGACUCUAAAACGUUAUGCUCAACAUGCAGACAAAUUACAGACAAUUUUGAUAAGGGAUUGGAAAAAACAGCAAAGCAAAAUUUUGGUGGUGGAAACACAGCAUGGGAAGAACGCAAACUCUCUAGAUAUGAAUCAAGUGAGAUUCGGCUCAUGGAGAUACUAGAGGGCUUAUGUGACAGCAGCAGUUUUGAGUGCAACCACAUGGUAGAAGAACAUGAAGAACAUUUUGAGACCUGGUGGUUCAAGAGGAAAGCAAGACACCCUGAUCUGUUUAAGUGGUUUUGUAUAGACACCGUUAAAGUGUGUUGCCCUAAAGGCUCAUUUGGUCCCGACUGCAACACCUGCAUUGGGGGAUUGGAAAAACCAUGUCAUGGUAAUGGAAAAUGUGAUGGAGAUGGAACAAGGGAUGGAAAUGGGAAGUGCAGUUGUGAUAAAGGAUAUGAAGGAGAGUUUUGUUUGGACUGCAGCGAUGGAUAUUUUAGUGACCUGAGAAAUGAUACCUUCUCCCUGUGCAAAGAGUGUCAUGAGUCUUGUGUUGGCUGCUCUGGAGGAACCAGCCGGGAUUGUAAAGAUUGUAUGAAGGGUUGGGAGAAAGACCAGGAAGGAGCAUGUGUUGACAUUGAUGAAUGUUCCAAAGAUCCACUGCCAUGUAAAGAUGAUCAGUACUGCCUAAACACAGACGGUUCUUUUUUAUGUAAAGCAUGUAAUACAAGGUGCUCUGGUUGUAAAGGACCCGGUGCCGAUAACUGCCUCGCAUGUGCUGAUGGCUAUGAGGAUGAGGAAGGCACAUGCACAGAUGUAAAUGAGUGUGAGCAGUCAGAAGCAGUAUGUACUAAAGAACAUCAGGAGUGUGUUAACACUGAAGGAAGCUUCAUAUGCCAAUGUACCAGUGGUUUUCAAGAGCAGGAUGGUAUCUGUGUCAUACAGGAAACACAAGAAGAGAAUCAGGACGUGCUUACAAUUAAUUCUGAAGAUUCCCAAGAAAUUAAUUCACCAGAAAAACAUGAAGAUCUUUAACUCCACAUGAAUAAAAUGCAGAAAACAAUCACCGGGGGGGCAUAUCAACUUUUAGGAUCCUGAGUAUCUUCCUCUGAAGAUCUGUUGUCUAUCUGAAACAUUCAGGACUAAGUGGCACUUACAGUACAUGCUUGGCAAACUUUACCACUCUUUGUGGAACAUGUUGAACAUGAACAGCAUGCUUCUGCAGAACAUAAACUCCACUUCUCAGUGACCAAGUGACUUAAAUGCUGGGCUUGGAUGUGUGUUUUUGUGUAUGUGUGUUUUUUAAUAAAGAAAAAUAAAUUCAAACUAAAUAAGUUCUCUUAA